UGGACAACUUUUAACUUGGGACUUCUACUUCAAGAUUUCGAAAACAUUACACACACACACACACAGAUGGAUCAUGAGCAGGGUUUCACCAUGUGGGAAGGCUAUGUGGACUGGAGAAACAGAGUAGCCAUUAAAGGAUGUCAUGGCGGAGCUGCUGCGGCCUCCUUUGUAUUGGUGGUGGAGAUUUUGGAGAACUUAGCAUACCUGGCAAAUGUGAGCAAUCUAGUCCUUUAUCUAUCGAAGUUCAUGAAUUUUUCUCCAUCUGCUUCAGCCAACAUAGUCACAAACUUUAUGGGAACUUCUUUCCUCCUUGCUCUACUUGGCGGAUUCUCAUCUGAUUUCUUCUCCACCUAUUACAUCUAUAUCAUUAGUGCAACAAUUGAAUUUCUGGGACUAUUGAUGCUGACAUUGCAAGCAUGCAUACCUUCCCUGAGGCAGCCCAUCUGUGCAUCAGUAAACAGAAACGCCCCAUGCAAAGAUGUAGAUGAUGGCCACAUAGCAAUGUUAUUUUCUGGCCUCUACCUGGUGGCCUUGGGUGUUGGGGGGAUAAAAGGUUCACUUCCUUCACAUGGAGCGGAGCAAUUCGAUGAGAAUUCGCCACAAGGAAGGAAGCAAAGAUCUACCUUUUUCAAUUAUUACAUCUUCUGCCUUGCUUGUGGAGCAUUGAUUGCAGUGACAUUAGUAGUGUGGGUGGAAGAUAAUAAAGGCUGGCAGUGGGGCUUUGGCAUCUCAACUGUAGCUAUAUUGAGCUCAAUUGCCAUUUUCCUCCUCGGAUCUGGGACUUACAGGAUCAAAGUUCCCACAGGAAGCCCAAUUACAACCAUUUUUAAGGUUCUUGUGGCAGCAUUUUCCAACUCUCUCUUCCCUAAGAAUUCUAUUGGGAAUGUGUUAGAUGCGAGGGAAGCCCCCCAAAACACAACUGAGAUUAGUGAGGAAGAAGGACAUGGAGAACGAGACAAAGAAAUUCAAACUGAAAUGAAGAAUCUCAAAUUCAUUGGUAAAGCAACAGUGGAAAACACAACCUACCCAUCACUGCACUGCACAGUUAAACAAGUACAAGACGUGAAAAUAGUCAUCCAGGUCGUGCCAAUAUUUAUGUCAACCGUUAUGCUGAACUGUUGCCUGGCUCAGCUUUCCACAUUUUCUGUACAACAAGCAGCCACCAUGAACACAUAUAUUGGUGAUCUAAAAGUUCCACCAGCUUCUCUUCCAAUAUUUCCAGUCAUAUUCACCAUGAUACUGGCACCGGUAUAUAGCCAUAUCAUAAUCCCCUUUGCCAGGGCAGUGACUAAGAGUGAAAUGGGCAUUAGUCAUCUACAACGGAUCGGAACCGGGCUAUUCUUAUCAGUUGUAGCCAUGGCUGUUGCGGCUCUGGUGGAGAUGAAGCGGAAGAAAGUCGCCGAACAAUCUGGAUUAAUGAAUUCGACUGAACCGCUGCCUAUCACAUUUCUUUGGGUAGCAUUGCAAUAUCUGUUCCUGGGAUCAGCUGAUCUCUUCAGCUUAGCUGGACUAAUGGAAUUCUUCUUCACAGAGGCCCCCUUAAGCAUGAGGUCAUUGGCAACAGCACUCUCUUGGGCAUCACUAGCCAUGGGUUAUUACCUCAGCUCGGUGAUCGUAUCAAUAGUAAACCAUAUAACUGGUAGAUUUCAGGAAACACCAUGGCUCUACGGGAGUAAUUUGAAUCAUUAUCACCUUGAAAGGUUUUAUUGGCUAAUGUGCAUAUUAAGUGGACUAAAUUUCUUACAUUAUCUUCUAUGGGCCACUCGCUACAAAUACAGAUCAACAAAGCCUGAUGAUGAGAGAGACCAAAAUGAUAACACACCAUCAGAAGCCUAAUUCUAGCUGCUCAUAUAUGUGAUGUUUAAAUUCUAAAAACAAAGAGGCAAGAGGCAGGGAUCUGAGCAGCUAGCAUACAUUGUUUGCCAUCUACCUAAAUUAUCAAUAUUUUAAGUUUCUAAAAGCCGGAGCACUUGUUACCAUUAGGUGUUUUGGUAGCUUUCUAAAUGCCAAUUACUUUGUAUUACUAAUAGAAAAUUCUAUUACCCUAUAUUUUCUAUUUGCUCCAUGACAUCUAGCACAUAUACUUUUCUUCAUACACAAGGUAGUUAUCAAUUUAUCAUAUAAUAGCAUCUGAACUAGUAAGCUACUGAUGUAAAAGUCAUUUGAUAGAGACUUGUCAUUUGUCAAUAUCAUGCAUUCAAUUAAGCUACUAAGCUAAGAACAAACACUGAGAACUUAAAAAAAUUUGGCACGAUCAGAGAAUUGAGAACUAGAACGAGAGGCUAUUUGCAUAUAAUCUAACCAAAUUAAAUGUUAACAAGUGUAAUAGAAAAUCUCCAUCUUUUCCGUCCUUGUCUACUGCUUGGUUACCUGGCGG